AUGAAGGGGCUAACUAGCUUCCUAGUGCUUCUUUCACUAAACCUAUCCUUGGCCGAAAUCAACCCCUUGGAAGAGUUCUUUGAGCAACGCAAUAUUAAAUACCUGAAAGAUGCACUGAACGGGAGCAACUCCUGUUGGGCCGCAGUUGCUGGAGCUUCUGUUGGGGCUAAAUUGAAAAUGUACGACGCCAGCACCAAAGUACCAUCGGGGGUGCUGAACUUUGUCGCUUUUGAUUUGGGUAACUUCGACGAGUGCUACAACUUGGAGGAGGUUAUAAAUGACGAGACUGUUUACGGUAAAUACUGUCUUGGGACGAUACCGAUUCCCAAAGACAUGAUGAUGAAGGGUGCAAGUGAGCAGGAGUCCAGGAUGCUUGGACGUAAAAAUAUUGGCUAUCAUUUGGCUUAUUGUCUAUUAAGUCCUUGUUCGGCUGAAGACUUUUCCCUGAUUCCCUUGAGCAGCUUCGAUGAGCAGUUCUGCUACUCAAAAGCAACCAAACCUGAGUUGGAUGGGGCAGACAUAACAGCAAUUGUUAUUUUUGGUAUUUUUGGGGUCAUUGUGGUACUUUCCACUGCCUAUGACUUGUACCUCUUCUACACCGAGUCAAAGCCCUCACACCCACUUCAAGUCGCCUUUUCACUGUGGACCAACGGCCAAAAGGUCUUCAAAACCAGCUCCGGAGGUGACCAGCUGUCGUGCAUCAACGGAAUAAAGGCCCUCAGCAUGAUGUGGGUCAUCUAUGGGCACGAAAACAGCAACAUGGAGGGAGCCUACAACUACCUCGACGUGAUGGACUUCAUGAAGGAUAAGAAGAACAUGUACUUGUUGAACGCCCCAGUUUCAGUUGACACGUUCUUCACCGUAGCUGGGCUGCUCACCAUGUACACGUUCCUUAAGGCCCACGAUAAGGGUGUCAAGUUUAGCCUGCCCAUGUAUUACGUUCACAGAUACCUAAGGUUGACCCCAGCUUUGGCUGUUAUUGUACUUCUAAACGCCACCCUGACUAGGUUCAUGGGGGAGGGCCCUCUAUGGGGGUCAAUAGACAUGGACACUAACAACUGCCGCAACUACUGGUGGUCAACGUUAUUAUACGUUCAAAACUAUGUCAGUCCGGAAGAGAUGUGUGUUGGACAGUCUUGGUAUUUGUCGGUGGACACUCAGUUGUACGCUUUGUCACCUAUAGUAUUGCUCCUGCUGGUUAAGUACCCAAAAAUUGGGCUAGCUACUUUGGGAGGACUUGUUUUGGCUGGAAACAUUGUACCUUUUGUCAUUACCUACACCAUGGAGUUGCCCGCUACCUUAGCCAGCACAGAUAUGGAUGUUAUGAUGGAUUACAUAAAGUACUACUACUUCGCCACGUACUCCCGAUUUGGCCCCUACGUCAUUGGAAUGGCCUUCGGUUGGAUCAUUUACAACCUGAGGAAGAAUGACUCAAUUAAGUCAAUGGAGAAAGGUAGAAGAACCUUGUUCGUCAUCACAACAUGGAUAGUUGCUUUGGUUGGACUUGUUGUUUGCCUUUAUGCUGGUGCCAGUGUUGUGACUGAAGAAGAGACUGGUUUAGUAGCCAAAUCAUUUUACAACGGUAGUAACAGGAAUGGCUGGGCUGUGGCUGUCUGUCUAGUUAUAGUACUUUGUACAACUGGAUACGGAGGUCCUAUUGACAGCUUCCUCUCGAUUCCACUCUUCCAAAUUUUAUCCAAGUUGUCUUACUCCAUGUAUUUGGUUCACUACACUCUAAUUGUGACCAAAAGAUAUUUGUCAGCAAAAGUUUUGUUCUACUUUUCGGUGGAAAAUGUUUUUCAUGCGUUCUUUGGUGAUUUUAUGAUCACCUUGAUUUACGCCUUCUUCCUUUGCACCAUUUUUGAAUCUCCAAUUAUCACUGUGGAAAAGGUCAUCUUCGGAGAUCACAAAAAGUCUUCGGAGAAGCCAAAGUUGAAAUCUCCGGCCUAAGUCUAAGUAAAUAUUUAUUUAUGUGAUAUUUAUUAUAGUAAUAAAA